AUGGUUGUAGGGGAAGCAGAAGGAGGGCAGGCAAGAGACAGCGGGGAGGAAGCGAUAGGAGAGGCAGCGGCAGCGAUGGUUGCGUUGCUGGUCCUACGGAGAGACGAAUGUAACCAUCAGCACACUGAGACUCUGCUGAUCAACCUGCGGCUCCUCCUCGACUUUGCCGGCACGUCUUCGUGUCAUCGAGCCCACGUUCUCUCCCAGCAGGUGCCCAUCAAGAAAGUUCACCUGGGCCCUCGAGGCACAGCGAUCGACCUCCUCUGCGGUCUGUUGGGUAUCUCCAACGAAGGAUACGUCCCUCCGUCCUUCCGUGAUGAUGUCAUAAGCGCGAUCUUGUUCCUGACCGAAGAACAACCACAUAUCCUGUGGGCAGCCCUCAAGAGAAGGAAAUACUCGGCUUUGAGGAUCCUGUUGCAAGACCCAAACAGGAAGUCGAUUGGCAAGGCAGCCCCAAGUGUCUCAAGACUGUCGUCCUUAGGUAGCACGAGUGUCAAGAGCCCAAGGACAGAUGCAUCUCGAACAAAUUUCUGGGCUACAGAAGGUGACAACACACAAACAGAUCGAGAUGAAAAAUGUCUGGCUCUGAUUCUCCGGGUAGUGAAGGUCAGCAGUUACGCCAUGCAAAUGGGUAGCGAAGCUGUCGUGAAUGAGGUGAACCUGUUCACGCCUGCAGGCUUGAUUCAGUUUUUGAGUACUCCGGCGGACUCAGUGGCGGAGAUGUGUUUAGAAGUCCUGCUGCGAAUCUUUGCUGCCAGAGGGCAGGCGAUGGAGCAAUUCUUGUUGCUUCCGUCCAACUUCGCCAUGUUGAUCGACAUCUUGGACAUGUCGCUGCCCCCGGUCAUGAGAAACCUCUCGCUGGAUAACGCCUCGUCUAUGAACAGAAGGUUCAUGAAGAAGAAGUCGACCAACUCUAUCGCGUCAAACCUCAGGGAGUCGAGCGUCUCUUCACUGCGAUCGGACGUGCCGAAGUUGAACCUGCAGCUCCGCGUCCCAUCUGCUCAGACGACGAGACUCGCUUGCGCAAUUGUCGCCCGCCUCUGCUCCAUACAUGAGACCAUGACAUGCAAGACCUCCGAGGAGGUUCAAAGUGCUCCUAUAGCUCAUUACCUCGACGCUCUCCAUCGACCGGGGUUUCUCCGAUCGCUUGUGUAUCAUGCAGUGGCAGGAACAGAGGCGAAGAAGGCAGCGAUGCGAUCGCUGGCAAACGUCUCGUCUCGCUCUUCGACUCAUCCAUCGCUAGUGCGAGUGAUGGAGGAAGAGAAUGAAGCGAUGUUCCGGUUCGUUGAGCAGAAGCUGCGGUCGCCCUUGAAGGACGAGGAUACAGAGUUCAUCACCUGCUUGAUCGGCAAUCUCACCUCCUCCAUCGAGGGCUUUCAGGCCAUUCAGAAGAGGCCGGCACUUGUCGAUCUGCUGCACGAGCUCAUGCGAGCUCCGACGCCUCCUCCCAUGGAGAGCGCAGACAGUCUGGAGGUCGAGAAGCAGGAGAACUUGCGCGGUCUUGGCAUGCUGAGGCCCACCUUUGUUGAUGCUCUUCCCAGCUCAAACUUGGCGCCCGGGUUUGACGAUGGCCAGUCAAGAUCGCCUCCUAUCUCUGUCCAUGGAUCCGUCACUCAGCGAUUCUGGGAGGCUGCGUCAGUCCCCAACGCACAUGAAGCUUGGAAGCUCGCGCACAGACGCGUCCAGCCGACGCAAGGAUUCAGUGGCUAUCCGACCAUCACUGCAGGGCAGAGGUCCCUGGGAAUCUACGGGACGUGGAAGGCAAGAGAGCAUAGCGGACGAGCUCUGGCCAACAUCAUGAAGCAGCAACUCGGGACAAGAACAUGGAAGCCCACAGCCCUUUGCUGA